GGGUGCCCCAUUCUUCCCGUGGUCAGCGGGGCGCGCGCGCGGCCAUGGAGCGGAGCGGGCGCCGCCGCCGCCGGCUCUGAGGGAGGGAGACGCGACAGGGACGAGGGAGCGCGUCCGCCCGGCCCCCGCCCCGCAGAAUGGACUGCUGAAUUGGGAUUUAUUGCAGACUCAACUGUACAGCACUGCUCGUUGCUUCAUCUAUUACUAGUUAUUUAAAUUGGACUUUUAAUAUCCUGCCAGCUGCUGUCCACACACACAUGGUGCAUUGUUGCCAUUCUCAGAAUUGCAUCUUUGAAACCCAGGCCCUCAGUAACCUUCAUCGAAGAAAGAGGCGACCUCCUGCGUACAUUUGUAGAGGGAGUUUUUGGCCCUGCUGCCCUCUGGCUUUCUGGCUGGUGCUGUGUUUCUGAGACACUAUGGAGCCCAGUAUGGAGUACUGCUUAGCACAGGUGCUGCAGAAGGAUGUUGGAAAAAGACUUCAGGUUGGCCAGGAAUUGAUAGAUUAUUUCUCAGAUAAACAGAAGUCAGCUGAUCUUGAACAUGAUCAGACUAUGCUGGAUAAAAUGGUUGAUGGACUGGCCACUUCUUGGGUAAAUUCCAGCAAUUAUAAGGUGGUUCUCCUGGGGAUUGACAUCAUCUCUGCACUUGUGUCCCGCUUGCAAGAUCGCUUCAAGGCCCAGAUUGGCACAGUGCUGCCAAGUUUACUUGAUAGGCUGGGAGAUUCUAAGGACUCAGUGAGGGAGCAGGAUCAGACCUUGCUGCUGAAAAUCAUGGAACAAGCUGCUAACCCUCAGUACGUGUGGGACAGGAUGCUAGGAGGAUUCAAACACAAGAAUUUUCGGACAAGAGAAGGGAUUUGCCUCUGCCUUAUUGCAACACUCAAUGCAUCUGGAGCUCAGAGUUUAACACUGAGUAAGAUAGUGCCACAUAUAUGUAACUUACUUGGAGAUCCAAACAGCCAGGUUCGAGAUGCAGCAAUAAACAGCCUUGUGGAAAUUUACAGACAUGUUGGUGAACGUGUAAGGGCUGAUCUCAGCAAAAAAGGAUUACCCCAGUCUCGGUUGAAUGUAAUUUUUACAAAAUUCGAUGAGGUCCAAAAAUCUGGAAACAUGGUUCAGACUUCAGUUGAUAAAAUUUUUGAUGAUGAAGACUCCGUGGAUGGGAACAGACCUUCCUCAGCCAGCUCCUCUACAUCUUCAAAGGCGCCUGCAAACUCCCGCAGAGUUGGGAUGGGCACCACCCGCAGACUUGGCUCUGCAGCCCUGGGCUCCAAGUCUUCAACAGCCAAAGAGGGAGCAGGUGCUGUGGAUGAAGAAGACUUCAUUAAGGCAUUUGAAGAUGUCCCAACUGUUCAGAUCUAUUCCAGCCGGGAUCUUGAGGAAUCCAUAAACAAGAUCAGAGAGAUACUAUCAGAUGAUAAACAUGACUGGGAACAGAGAGUUUCUGCGUUGAAAAAGAUCCGGUCCUUACUUUUGGCUGGAGCUGCAGAAUAUGAUAACUUCUUCCAGCACUUAAGACUUUUGGAUGGAGCAUUUAAAUUAUCUGCUAAAGACCUGCGGUCUCAAGUCGUACGAGAGGCUUGUAUCACGUUGGGACAUUUGUCAUCAGUUCUGGGAAACAAGUUUGACCAUGGGGCAGAAGCCAUCAUGCCAACAAUUUUUAAUUUAAUUCCAAAUAGUGCCAAAGUCAUGGCCACUUCUGGUGUUGUAGCAGUUAGGUUAAUCAUUCGACACACGCACAUCCCUCGGUUAAUACCCAUCAUAACCAGUAAUUGUACCUCCAAGUCUGUUGCAGUUAGAAGGCGCUGCUUUGAAUUUUUAGACUUGCUGUUGCAGGAGUGGCAAACACACUCCUUAGAAAGACACAUAUCAGUGUUAGCUGAAACAAUAAAGAAGGGAAUUCAUGAUGCAGACUCUGAAGCCAGGAUAGAGGCUAGAAAGUGCUACUGGGGUUUCCACAGUCACUUCAGCCGAGAGGCAGAGCAUUUGUACCACACCUUGGAGUCUUCCUAUCAGAAGGCCCUGCAGUCACAUUUGAAGAACUCUGACAGCAUCGUGUCCUUGCCACAGUCGGAUCGCUCCUCCUCCAGCUCCCAGGAGAGUCUCAACCGUCCACUGUCUGCCAAAAGAAGUCCUACUGGAAGUACAACAUCAAGAGCAUCUACAGUAAGUACAAAAUCUGUGUCAACACCAGGAUCUCUGCAGCGAUCCCGCAGUGACGUCGAUGUGAAUGCAGCAGCUAGUGCCAAGUCCAAAGUGACGUCUGGAGCAUCCGCCCCCUUCAGUUCUGCUGCAGCCUUGCCCCCAGGGUCAUACGCCUCACUAGGUCGGAUUCGCACCAGGAGGCAGAGCUCUGGCAGCGCCACCAGCGUCACCUCGACGCCUGCUGACACCCGAGGCCGCAGCCGCGCUAAAGUAGUCUCACAGUCCCAGCCUGGUAGCCGCUCCAGUUCUCCGGGUAAGCUCUUAGGAAGCUCCUAUGGUGGCCUGAGCAGUGGAACAUCCAGAGUCCAGCCAGUGCCAUCAUCCUCAGAGAAGCGCAGCAAGAUUCCUCGGAGCCAGGGCUGCAGCCGGGAGACGAGUCCCAACAGAAUAGGCCUAGCACGGAGCAGUCGUAUCCCCCGACCCAGCAUGAGUCAGGGGUGCAGUCGUGAUACCAGCCGUGAGAGCAGUCGAGAUACAAGCCCUGCUCGGGGCUUCCCUCCACUUGACCGGUUUGGACUCGGACAGCCAGGCAGGAUGCCUGCUUCUGUGAAUGCCAUGCGAGUCCUGAGCACCAGCACAGAUCUGGAGGCUGCUGUGGCCGAUGCACUGCUGUUAGGAGACUCCAGGAGCAAGAAAAAGCCAGUGAGAAGAAGAUACGAGCCCUAUGGGAUGUACUCCGAUGACGACGCCAACAGCGACGCGUCCAGCGCGUGCUCGGAGCGCUCCUACGGCUCCAGGAACGGCGGCAUCCCGCACUACCUGCGGCAGACCGAGGACGUGGCCGAGGUCCUGAACCACUGCGCCAGCUCCAACUGGUCUGAAAGGAAGGAAGGGCUCAUAGGUCUCCAGAAUUUACUGAAGAGCCAGCGGACACUGAGCCGAGUGGAGUUAAAAAGGCUGUGUGAAAUAUUUACUCGCAUGUUUGCUGACCCUCACAGCAAGGUCUUCAGCAUGUUUCUGGAAACUCUGGUUGAUUUCAUCAUCAUUCAUAAGGAUGAUUUGCAGGAUUGGCUUUUUGUUCUCCUGACCCAGUUGCUAAAGAAAAUGGGAGCAGAUUUGUUGGGGUCUGUGCAGGCAAAAGUUCAAAAAGCUCUGGAUGUCACCAGGGAUUCUUUUCCAUUUGAUCAGCAAUUUAACAUUUUGAUGAGGUUUAUUGUAGACCAGACCCAGACACCAAACCUGAAGGUGAAAGUUGCUAUCCUGAAGUAUAUUGAGUCCUUGGCAAGACAGAUGGAUCCAACAGACUUUGUGAACUCCAGUGAGACAAGACUUGCUGUAUCUAGAAUUAUAACUUGGACUACAGAACCAAAGAGCUCAGAUGUGAGAAAGGCAGCACAAAUAGUCCUGAUUUCUCUCUUUGAAUUGAACACUCCUGAGUUUACCAUGUUACUUGGUGCCUUGCCAAAAACAUUCCAGGAUGGUGCUACCAAGCUCCUGCACAACCACCUCAAGAACUCCAGUAACACCAGUGUGGGCUCCCCCAGCAAUACCCUUGGUCGGACUCCUUCCCGGCACUCCAGCAGCAGAACCAGCCCCUUAACUUCACCUACCAACUGUUCCCAUGGUGGACUGUCUCCAAGUAUGCUGGAUUAUGACACGGAGAACCUAAACUCUGAUGAAAUCUACAGCUCUCUUCGUGGAGUCACAGAAGCAAUUGAGAAAUUUAGUUUCCGUAGUCAAGAGGACCUGAAUGAGCCAAUCAAACGUGAUGGAAAGAAAGACUGUGACAUUGUGUCUCGAGAUGGUGGCCUUGCUCUCCCUAGUGGUGAUGUCCGUGGGAGCAGUGACAUUGUGGAAGGGGGAAGGAUGGCUCUGGAUAACAAAACCUCUCUCCUGAACACGCAGCCUCCCCGCGCCUUCUCGGGGCCCCGCGCUCGGGAGUACAACCCCUACCCUUACGCUGACACCAUUAACACUUACGACAAGACUGCUCUGAAGGAGGCAGUGUUUGAUGAUGACAUGGAUCAGCUUCGGGAUGAAGUACCCAUUGACCAUUCGGAUUUGGUGGCUGAUCUUCUGAAAGAGCUCUCCAACCACAACGAGCGGGUGGAGGAGCGGAAAGGAGCUCUCCUGGAAUUGCUAAAGAUCACAAGGGAAGAUAAUCUUGGAGUUUGGGAGGAGCAUUUCAAAACCAUUCUGCUCUUGCUGCUGGAAACACUUGGAGACAAAGAUCACUCGAUCAGAGCGCUGGCGCUGCGCGUGCUGAGGGAGAUCCUGCGGAACCAGCCGGCGCGGUUUAAGAACUACGCGGAGCUGACUAUCAUGAAAACACUGGAAGCACAUAAGGAUUCCCACAAGGAGGUCGUCAGAGCUGCUGAAGAAGCUGCUUCCACCCUGGCGAGUUCCAUCCACCCUGAGCAGUGCAUCAAGGUGCUUUGCCCCAUUAUUCAGACUGCAGAUUAUCCAAUUAACUUAGCUGCCAUCAAAAUGCAAACGAAAGUCAUCGAGAGGAUUUCCAAGGAAUCGUUGCAUCAGCUCCUACCUGAUAUCAUUCCUGGGUUGUUACAGGGUUAUGAUAACACAGAGAGCAGUGUCCGAAAAGCCAGUGUGUUUUGCCUGGUGGCUAUUUAUUCAGUAAUUGGAGAAGAACUGAAACCUCAUCUCGCACAACUCACAGGAAGCAAGAUGAAGCUACUAAACUUGUAUAUAAAGAGGGCACAGACCACCAACAGCAACAGCAGCUCCUCUUCAGACGUUUCAACGCACAGUUAAUGGAGAUCUGUGGACAUAUGUGUAGACUUAGAAGCAAUCAACGGUGCCUCUCAGAGACCUUUCUGCUCCUCUUCACUGGCACGCUCCAUCAGCUUCAGGAGGCCAUGCAGAUAUUUAUUGCAAUCAGUAUUUUAGUCCCUUAAAAGCUUUUAUGUAGAAUCUUACUGGUAUUGAAUGUAAAGGAAGCAAGGUCUGUGUCGCAGUCUUCAUUAAAGGUGAACAUCAGAAAGCCAUACUUAAACAUAUUUGUAUAGCCUGCUGAAAUCUCAGAAAUAUGUUUAGGUAGCAUUCUAACACCGAGUCCAAGAAUCUGGACACAGGUAAAAGUCAAACAAAUCUUGUUGGUUUAGUUCAUACCCAGUUUUGGUUUCUGUGUGCUAGUUACCUGCCCUCUCCCCUCACCCAUUCUGGCUGAGUCCUUCUCUUCUUUCAAGUCUUGUGUUCCUGUUUUGUACUCCCUGUCACAGCUCGUCUAACUUGCAGGGCUCUCCAUGGGGAGAUCUUUGCAGGUGUGGCUGUGAUUCCAGCCUCAGAUGCUUUAAUACCGAGAGAUACAAAGUGAGUAAUGAAAAUGUAGGUUCUUUUUAAACAUCUGAGUUUUGUACAUAGUUCUGACAGACCCCAGAUGGGCUGAUCUCUCUGUAACUGCUCUCCAGCCAGCUGUGCUGUCCAUAAAAGCUGGGCUCUUCCUCUUUUCAUUGACUUUGUAAAUACUUCUCCCCUCUCAACCCAUUUGGCUCUUUCAUGUGUUCAAAAGACUCUCCAGGUUACCUAUUACUCCCCAAAGGGAACCUGAGACCCAGUUCUGGGACAGAUGUCUGCGAAUAGGAUGGUGGGGCGGGUUAGGCUCUGAGUGUGUCAGUGGGUGGGUAGUGGGAGCUGGCAGAGCUGUACUUCAGUGCCAGCUGUUUUCCUUGAAAUCUGUAGCAUCAAAGGGCUGAUCUGCUGCUCUGACUGACCCACUGAUGCUGCAUGGCUUUGUCCUCACAACUCCUUUGCACUUUGGGCAUAAUGUUCAUCCCAGAGGACAGAAAGGGUGUCUGAAUCUGAACAGAAAUACCACUUGGAAGCACCUCUGAGCCAACUGGGACAGUGCUAGUUGCCUGCCACAGCCCCUCCUGUUCCUGAAGACCCUGCAGUGCUGUUAACUGCCUUUAGAAGCCUCCUUUGUGCCAUCUCCAUGCACAGGCCUGCUGAGUGCUCUGUGUUUCAGAAAAGUGGGGGUCCCUCACUGGGCACUGCUGACAGCUGGGUGCUCUGGGUGAGGGUGCAGCAGGGAAAGUCCUUUUGCAGCCUAAUGACACAGACCAGGUCAGAGGCAAACCAGCAGCAAUCAAAUACCCCAUGGCACCACCCCUCCCUGAACAGAGAUCCUUCUUUUUGCAAAGGGGGAGCUCCCCCUGGCUCUGCCUGUAACCAGGGAAGGCAAGAGGUUGCUAAUUAACAUGCUGUGUUUGGCCCUGGGCUGGAUCCUGGCUGAUGGGCAUGCCCACCCCAAGCCUGCCAUGGAUCUCAGCUGGGUUUUGCUCCCAGUGCCAGUGAUGCAAGAGGAUGUUGGACUGCAGCUUAUGGCUGCAGCUGUGGUGAUGGAUGUGUGUUCCCUGGCUGCUCUCAGUGCCCUGGAGUCUCUCCAGCUUCCUCCAUCUCCCUUUUAGAGAGCUGAAGGGACACCUUGGGAACAUACUGAGAACAUGAGACUCCAUUACUGCAGCAGGGGAGGGUAAAGCCCCUUCCAUCAAUUAUCCCUGUGAGUUUAGCCCCAUCUCUGAGGAGCUAAACUGGGACCUGGCACUUGGUGCCAGCUUUAUUCCCAACCCUCAUCUUAAGAGGAAUCUGGGCUGGUGAGGGACUAUGUGGUACUGGGCUGCAAAGCUUGUUGGUCCCUUUCCCUGCUCACCUGAGAGCAGGGGAGGUGACCUGCUCCUGGUCCUGUGUGCAGGCUUUUGCUGGCUGCAGGGCUAGUUCCCUCAUCUUUCCCAACCAGUAAUGCUAUGGCAGGAGAAACCCUGUGCUUUCCUGGGGUGUGGGAUACCCCCAGAGUCUUUCCACAGGCUCAGAAAAGCCAUCCUCACUAAAGGGGGGGGAUUGGCUGCUCCAUGGUUCGUGUCUGCCUUUCCAUGGACCAUUUCUUUUCCACAUCUUUCUGUAUGCUUAUUAGAAUGCUCUUUUUAAAUUUUUUUGAAUGCUUCAAAUUUGAUUUUAACACAAAUAUAUUUUUCCUUUUGAGGAAAUACUCAGUUGACUUGUUGGCAGCAGUUAAGCUGUCCUGUUUGAAUUUUUAGUAGCAGGCUAGAAUUUUUGGGGGUGUUGGUUUUUUGUUUUGUUGUUUUUUGUUUUAUUUUUUUUUUAAUUGUGCUCUGAACUGCUUAGUAUUUAUGCCUCUCUUUCUCCCCAUCUCAGCUCAGCAUCUUCUGUUCCAGUUCUGGGGUUCAGAAGGUCAGCAUAGCUGACCGGGUGGUGUUGUCGCUCCCAGCUGUGAUGGAGCUUGGUCUAUCAUCAUUUGCUGUUUGUUGGUUUUGAUUUUUUUUUUCAUUUCCAUUGAAUGGCACACUGUAGCAAAUCUCCAGGAAUUGAAUUCCUUCUCCAGUGGUUUUAUAUGUGUUAUAAAUGCUGUUGGUAUGCACUGAGAGUGAACGCACUGUACGGUCCCUGGCACCUCGGCCGGGGCCGAAGCUCGUCCUUGAAAAGGCGCCUGUGCAAAGGGCAGACCUGGCCUUACUUCCUGAAUCAGAUCCACUUCUGUUUGUCAACAGAUGCUCAUCAAUGUGCUACUUAAUUUCACUGUGUGAGUGGAGGACUGUCCAUCCUUUGAGUACUCCAGGAUAUGUUCUACCUGUGCACAGUAGGAGCAUUCUGCUUAGGUAUUUAUAAAUCAUCGCGGAUAAUGUACAUAGUAGGGUUGUUUAGGAUGUUGAACAUGACCCAGUUUUUAUUUUGUGUUUCCUUUGAAGUACUCAAAGGGCUAGCUCUGAAUGUCACCUCUCUGAUCUCCAGUUUUGACUUCAACAAGCUGUACAAUCAUCUUGUUUUCUCUUCAGCAAGCAUAAAGGUCUCUCUGGCUACAAAUCACAGUGUCCACGCAGGCUUGCAGAGGAAGGUCUGCAUGCUGCAGUGCCUCACUGCUCCAGUGAAGCUUGUGUUCACCUUCUCCUGGCAGUAGCCACCUACUGCAGCUGCCUUUUUUUUUCUUGCUGCCCAUUAUGCAGGGCUUCAAUUUUUCGUACCUUGAAAAAAAAAAAAAAAAAAGAAAAGAAAAAAAGAAAAAAAAAAAGAAAAAAGUGUAUUUUCUUUUCCCACCAUGCUUUAAAAAUCUGAAUGGGAGUUAACUCUCAGCAGACAGCAGCUCUUGGCUGCAAGGUUGCCGAAAUCUCAGAUGUGGAUGUUUUUUCUGCCAUUGGCUGCACCAGUGCUCCGUGGGCACGGGCAAAUCCCGGCUCCAUCUGCCCCACAGGUCUACGUACUGUAGUUCUCAUGUAGUUCAGAAAUACCGAGGCAUGUGGCUUUCUUAAGGUACACUAUGUGUGCUUGCCUGGAUUACAAUACAAUACAAGACUGUCUUUUUAAUUGCUUAUUACUAGCUUACCAAUAACCUGUAUAAGUAAUGUAACUUGCAUCUUUGUCAUCAGAACCUUUUCUCCCCACCCCUUUAUUUAUCAAGCAUAAUAUUACAUAUUAAGGGACAGAAAAAUAGACCUUUGUAGUACACAGCAGGACGUUGCUAACAAUGUUUUAAAUGGGAAGUAAAAAAACGCUCUGAAAAAUGCCAGCCAUGAGAAAUGACUUUGUUGGCACCAUGUUCAUGCGCAUGUAUUUUUUUUUCUAUUUUUUCCGCUUUUGUCAUGUUACAUCCAUAUCUGUAUUUAUAUCUUAUUUGUUUCACUUUUGAGUGUAUCAUGGCAAUUGUACAGAUGUUUUUUGUUAACAUUUACGUGAUAGAAUUUGCUAAAAAAAAAAAUUAAAAUAAAACCUUUUGAGUUUGCCCUAGAAUAAGUGAAAA